AGUCAGGCCACUCCAUAGCGGAGUUUAUCCAAAGGCUGCAGGAAUAUGGACUGAUAAAUGAAAAUCCAACAAUGGGACAAGCACAGCCAACAGAGAACAGUGAGGAGAUUGAUAUCAUAGCAAUUCAGGACAUGUAUAAAAAAUUUGUGAAUGAGUGCCCGAGUGGACGACUUUUUCUGCACGAGUUUAGGCGCUUUUUCGGUGUGGAUCCUACAGGGGAAGCGUCUGACUAUGCGGAGAACAUGUUUCGAGCUUUUGACAACAAUGGGGACAAUACCAUUGAUUUCCUUGAGUUUGUGGCAGCGCUUAAUCUGGUUUUCCGGGGAAGUCUGGACCAUAAACUGCGCUGGUCAUUCAAGGUGUAUGACAAAGACAACAACGGCUCCAUAGACAGGAAAGAACUACGUUCAAUAAUCGAUAGUAUCUAUCGAUUAAAGAAAGGCCAAAAGACAGGGGCAGAUGAUGAGCGACUUACAGUUGAUGAGGUUGUGGAUCGAAUCUUCCAGGCAGUUGAUCGAGAUGGAGAUGGUCAUAUCAGCAUGGACGAGUUCAUAAUGGGCGCGAAGCAGGACCCCUGGCUCUUAAACAUGUUGAAGUUGGAUAUGAACCCUGCCAGAUGGAUUAUAGAACAGAGGAGAAAGAGUGCACACUUUUGACAUUUAAUAGCCAAUACAUUUUUACUCUGAACUCGUGGGAUUUGGCAUAUAUGUUCUUCUUCUUCUUGAUGGUCUCGAUAUUAUUGAUGAA